UAACACUAAAAGUACAACUCUUAUGUGUUUAUUUACUCAAUUAUUACCAUUCUUAUCAUGUGAUAUUACAUUAUUUACUUAGCAAGUUGAACGAUUAUUUUUCAAAUAAAUACUAUCCAUUAAUGAGCAGUAUUUGAUAUGUCAGGAACUCAUAGUUUUAAUGACAAACUUUUAUAUCUAAAUGAAUCAUUAAGUCGUGUAAAUUUAAAUUUUCAGGAAGUAAAUGUACUUUUAGAUGAUCUCAAUGCAUUUCAUAACAAUGAUAUCAACAAAAUUGAUGGGGAGGAGUUGGAAAGACAACUAGUUAAGUGCUGCACGAGUAUUCCUAAAAAUAAUUCUUUAUUAGUAGCUAAGUCUUGUAAUUUACUACUUAAUUUGCUAAAAAAACACAAAAUUGUAUUUGGCAAAGAGAGUUUAAUUUCUAUUCUAAAAUGGAUCAACGCUGCUGCUCUUCAGUCCUCAGACAUUGCAUUCUUAGAUAUUCUUCAGGUUUUGAAUGGCAUAAUCAGAGCUCAUUCUACCUUUUUUUCAGAGAAUGGUGAUACUAAGGUUCCUAUUUUAUAUGAAAAACUUGAAUUGCUUACCAAUGUUAUGCAACCAAAUGAUGUUAAAAUGUGGAGAGUAUUUUGUCUACAGUCACUUGCAAAGACCGUGUUCAAAGAAGAUAGAAUUCGUGUAAUAAAUGAGCUGCUGAAUAUUGUCCAAUCUCAGUUUACUGAUAAUCUUAUUCAUGCCAAGUUAUUGAGGGUAGUGGUCGAAACACUAGAUUGCUUAUGCCCAAAAGGAAACACUAAAUGGUUGUUAGACAAAUUAAAUGAUAUAAUGUGCGUUGUGUUGGCCUCAUCUGUUCUUGGAUUCAGCUGUAAUGAGCCUUUUAAAAAAAUGCUUGUGCUACCGUCCACAUCUUUAGCUCGAGAUUCUACAAAACCUGAUGCUGAUACUUCUGCUAAUAAAAAAAAACAUAAAGCUAAGGUGAAGCGUAUAAGUUGGAAUGAAAAAUCAGAUGAAGAUUUGGAAAUUCAGGCUGUCUGCAAUUUAGAUGUAUAUCAAGUUGGAGGCUUAACAAGUGAUUCAGAUUUAAGUGAUGGUGAAGGUGGCAAAGUUAUUAACCUCACAAAAGAACAAGCUAAAACACGUCAUGCUACCUUCAAUUUAAUUAUUCGAUUGGCGAAUAUUUUGAAAUGGAAGCAGCUAUAUGGGUAUUAUCAUCCUUUACUUAGUACUCUAAUUCUUUGUCUCCGUAUGGAAAGUGUGAUAAAAGUGAAGAUUGGUAUAUUAGCUGCUAUAGCAGCAUUACUCCAUCAUUCAAAACCAGUACUUGCUCUCGCACAACAUAGUGUGAGUACAUCAUUUAUGGCAUUUUCUGAGUCAUUGUCAGAACUGAUAACAAGCCUACAUACUUGCCUUGGCAGCUGCCUUUCUGGAACUCCUAGUUCUGUACUUCCUCCUUUACUCCACACAACAGCUACCCUCAUCUCUGUUAGCCCCUAUCAUAGGCUUAGACCUUCACUGCUCUCUAACAUCUUCUACAGUUUGCAACCCUAUUUAUUGCACAAAGAUCCUGAUGUAUGUGAGGGUGGAUUAAAAUGUUUGUAUGAAAUCGUAUGUAUUGAACCCCAUAUUGCAGAACAGAAAGAAAUCCUAAAAGGUUUGAAGGAAGUUGAAGUUUCUCAAACUUCCUAUUGGAUUUUAUCGUUAACUGCAGCAUUACUAGAGGAUUCAACCUGUAAACAAAAGGUUCGCAUUAUAUGUUGGCAGAUACUUGGUAUUUUAUGCAAACAUCACUUUUAUAUAAUACAAGAUAACAUACAGUUCAUGGAUAAAAUUUAUUUUUCUAACUUGAGCAGGGCAAGUCUUGAAGAACAAACUCAUGUAGUAAUUGCUUUAAAUAAAUUUCUUGAACAAUUAAUAGGAAAAUCUGAAUUAGAACUUUAUAACAAGCAAGUGUGGAAUAAACUUAUGGAAGGUCCAUUAAUCAGUUUAUUACAAAGUCCUGAUCAGAUAGCUUGUGAAGCAUGUGAUUGUUUAGCUAAUAUGGGGCCUAUUAUAUUUAACAGUCUGAAGCAAGAAGAACAAAUCCUCAUUAUUACUUUAAUAUUUGGUUGUGUAAAUCAUGAAAAACCAAAAGUAAGAGUUGCAGCUGUUCACACUUUGGGCAUUUUCUUAUUGUUUCCUCAAUUAUCCCAGGAACAAUUUUUAUAUGAUGCAAGAGAUCUUUUGGAAAAAUCUCUUUCUGAUAGUUAUGUUAUGGUUAGAAUUAAGGCAGCAUGGGCAAUUGGAAAUCUUGUUGAUUUACUUAUUAAUAAUGAAUCCACCGAAUUUUUAAACCAUUUUAAUAUGAAAAAACUUCUUUCAACAUGUCUUACUGUUGUGAAAGAUGAUGAACUGGUGAAGUCCAACAUACUCAGAGCUAUUGGUUAUAUUUUAAGCAUUUUAUCAAAAGAAGAUUUGAAAGAUAUUCAGUGCAGGAAUCUGCUAGAAAAGGCCGUACAAUUUUUUCUAAAAUGCACUUCUUCAGGAACAAAAAUGAAGAUGCGCUGGAACGCUUGUUAUGCUGUUGGCACUAUGUUGGGAAACGUAGAAUUAUACAAUCAUUCUGAGAAGUGGAUGGGAUCACUGCUAAAAACUUUAUGCAAUUUAAUUGUUUCUUGUAACAAUUUUAAAGUACGAGCAAAUGCUACCACUGCACUUUGCAAUAUAAGAAGAAGAACCUAUUUCUGUAAUCAUUAUUCAUUUGUCUUUAUGUCAUUACUUGAUGGUUUAGAAAAUGCUGCAAACAUGACUGAUUUUAAAGAAUAUAAACAUCAGGACAGUCUCAAGCAGCAUUUAUGUACAGCUAUUUGUCAUUUGAUAACAUUGAUGGAAGUUGAAGAUAUUAUGGAAAUAGAAAGAAUAAUGGCCUUGAGAAUGGAAAAUGUUAAGCAACAUUUUAUUUAUUUUCAAAAAAACACGCCUCCAGAAAAAACUGGAAUUAUGAUUACAGCUGCCAACCACAUUAAGAAUUUAUCAUUAGUACCUGAUGUUCAUCCACAUAGAGGUUUUUUAAAUGAUUUUAAGAAAAUAUUUUGCAUAGUUCAAUAAUGUAUUAAUAUUUUUUUUAAUGUUUUAAUUAAAAAAAUAAAUCAAGAAAAAAAAUCAUAUUUAUUAACAAAUAACAUUUUUAAUACUACUUUAUUUAAAUAGUUAAGCAAUAAUUUAAAAAAAUAUUUUUUGAUACUCUUAAGAAUUUAUUGUGCUUGCUUCUUGAAAUAAAAAAAUAUAUAUUUUCAAGUAUCUUGUUUUAUCUAUUCAUAUUUUCAAAGCUAUAUCAAGCGUCCAAUAUAUGCUCUAUUGGUAUAAUUUAAUUCAGGUUUAAUUGAUAGAGCAAUCUAUUAGUAAGAAACUGGUUUUCUAUUAGUAGCUCUGUUGAAUGACUUAAUAAUAAUUAAUAUUAAUUACAUUUUGCAUUCUAAAAUCUGCUAUGUAAAACAACUUCAGUAUUUUUUUCCUAGCCAGUUCUUACAAGUGUUUUCGAUUAUACCUCUCCCCUAAUUAAGCGGAUAAUGGUCUAAUUUAAUUGCAGGAGAGUACAGUGAUUCAUAAUUAAAAAUAUUCAGUUAUUGUUAAUAUUUAAACUGCUGAAUAAAACUUUAAGGUGUAUAUUUUUCUCCUUUCCAAUUUGGUAUUUGCGAGAAUUUUCAAUUUUUAUUCUUAAUUUAAGAUCAGAUUAUAAAAAUAAAAACACAAAACAUUAAGCACAUAGAAGUCAAGUCAAUUAAAUACAGAUGACUAUAUGUUGGCUUGUUUAAAUCAGGUUGCAGAAAAAAAAUCAUUAUAUAUAUAUAUAUAUAUCAGUGCUAACAUUAGGGUGGGGCGCCGACCGAUCUUUAGGGUCGCUUACCACUUAUUAGAAAUUAAAAAAAAAAUACAAAACAUAUUAAAACAAUUAACUUUGGUCUAUUAAUAAAGCAACUGUAUUAGAGAAAUGUUAAAUAAAAUAAAAUUCAAAUAUAAAACAGCUUAAGAAACAAAUUAAAUUUUUUUAGGGGGGAAUGAUGUUAUUGCACGGGGACGCCAAAUGUUUAAAGCUGACACUGAUAUGUACCAUUGCCAAUUUCUGAAUAGAAACAGAGAUGAAAAGUGGUAAUGUGGAGAUGGCAUUUGAUAACUGACAAAGGUAUACUUUUACCAGAAGGAGAUAAAUAAAAAUAUUGUUCACGUUGAAGUUUUCUUUAAACAAUUUUAAACAUACUGUUUUGUUAAAAAACUUUGUCAGCAAACAGCCAUCCAACUGAAGUGAAGAGGCCUUCUUUCAAGUCAGUUUUUAAAUUCAAUCACAUAUAUGUGAAAUAAGAGAAUUUCUUGUUUUACGUAAUUAAGUCUGCAAGGAUAAGUAUUGCAUUUUAUUAAAAAUAAGACUAACUAAUGAAAAUAAUAACCAGCAGGAAAAGUAAUUUUCAUUUAACAAAAAAGUUUGUAAGGAACAAUUGUUAUUAAUCAACAGAAAUACGUAAGUAUCUUAAAUAAUUUUUAUUAA